AUGUUCAAAUUGGGCAAACGCAAAGUCCAGUUGACCAAGAUCUAUCGCCAAUCCCUAAUGUGUUCGCGACUACGAGUUCACCGCAAUCUAGUAGUCAUCUCAAUGAAACUGUACGCAGCGCUGGCAUGUAUUAACUGGAUGUUCAUCGAAGGCCUACUACUUCACAGUCGCAUAACUGUCUCCAUAUUCAGAAAGGAUGCGCCUUUCAAACUAUACUACUGUAUCGGUUGGGUUGCUCUCUAUUCACAACUCAUCCAGAUAGUCUUAUAG